CUUUUUCUCCGCUUUCUGUUUCCUUCUGUCUUCCAUUCUCAUUUCUCACAUCCUUCACUAAUCUUCUCCCCACCAUCCGCCAUCUCCAAAUCCCCGCAAAACCCCAAAAACCAGCAACCCCAUCUUCCACACACAUUCAACUCUGCUCCAGUUCUCCAUCUUCAAUUCCUCAUACAACAGAAACAGAGCACUCUGCUCCAGUUCUCCAUCUUUAAUUUCGCACACAACAGAAACAGAGUAAUGGCCUCUGCAAAUUCUCAUCCUAGUUCCCAGUGAGACAAAUCCAAGCAAAAGAAAGAACCCAUCCUUGAAUUUGAACAGAAACAAAAAAACAAAAACAUGGGUCUCUCUCUUUCCCCCUUCUUCUCCAUGGGUCUGCUCUUACUCUCACUAUGUUUGACCCCUCACCUAGCUUCCGCAAACACCGAGCUACGAGCUUUAAUGGAGCUGAAAUCGACACUCGACCCAACCAACAAGCUAUUAAGAUCGUGGAACCCCACCGGCGACCCUUGUACCGGUUCAUUCGAAGGCGUCGCCUGCAACGAGCAUCGCAAAGUUGCCAACAUCUCCUUACAAGGAAAAGGUCUCUCUGGUACACUCUCCCCUGCCAUCGCCGAGCUCAAAUGCUUAUCCGGCCUCUACUUGCACUACAAUUCCCUUUCUGGGGAAAUCCCCAGAGAGCUAACAAAUCUCGCAGAGCUUUCUGAUCUUUACCUCAAUGUCAACAAUCUAUCUGGAACCAUACCUCCGCAGAUCGGCAACAUGGCAGCCUUACAAGUUAUGGAUCUGUGCUGCAACCAGCUGACAGGGAAUAUACCUUCGGCGAUUGGCUCCUUGAAGAAGCUGAGCGUUGUAGCAUUGCAGCACAACAAGCUAACCGGCGAAAUUCCUUCCAGUUUAUCCAACUCCUUAACUUUGACCAGGCUGGAUUUGGGGUUCAAUUCUUUGUCCGGCGGAAUCCCAAUGGGAGUAGCUCAAAUCACGCAACUGGAGCUUCUGGAUGUCAGAAACAAUUCCCUCUCAGGAAUCGUCCCUUCUGCUUUACAGAGAAUGAACGAAAGUUUCCAAUUCGAGAACAACCGAGGUUUAUGCGGCAAUGGGAUUCCGGGACUAAGAAAAUGCUCUGCUUUCGACAAUGUGAAUAUCAAUCAAAUCGGCGGACAGUCGGGACCUCUAAUAAACGAUACAUUGUCGAGACAAACCCCGGAGGAGAAGCCGGUGAUCGUUGAGCCCAAAUCACAAUCCAAAUCCAAAUCCAAAUCUUCCCUCAAGCUUCCACAGGUCGCAAUAGUCGCGGGAGUAAUAAUCAUCACGAUCUCACUCAUCAGCUUAUGUUUUGUGAUCGUUUUCCGAUACCGGAGGCGAAAACAGAGGAUUGGGAAUGCAUCCGAGUCUCCUGACAGCCGCCGUUCGAGCAGCGAUCAGACCAAGAAGGAAUUCCAGAGGGGGAGCAGCAUUUCUCCACUAGUGAGCCUGGAGUAUCCCAAUGGGUUUCAUUUACCGGAAGAAAAUCAGAAUCUCAACAGCUUCAUGUUCAAUUUAGAAGAGAUCGAGUCUGCCACACUCUGUUUCUCUGAAGCGAAUCUGUUGGGGAAAGGUAGCUUCUCCUCUGUCUACAGAGGAGUACUGAGAGAUGGGUCUGUCGUGGCAAUCAGGGUGAUCAACAUGACAAGCUGCAAGUCGGAGGAUUCCGAGUUUGCAAAAGGAAUGAGCUUGCUUACUUCCUUGCAGCAUGAUAACCUGGUCAGGUUGAGAGGAUUCUGUUGCUCGAGGGGGAGAGGUGAAUGUUACCUGGUUUAUGAUUUUGCUCCAAGAGGGAAGCUUUCGAAAUAUCUUGAAGCAGAGGAAGGGAGUGGGUUGGUGCUUGAUUGGUCCACUAGGGUUUCCAUCAUCGAUGGCAUUGCUAAAGGCCUUGGUUAUCUGCACAGAACAGAAGGAAGCCGGCCAGGGAUCAUCCACCGGAGCAUAUCGGUGGAGAAGAUUCUGCUCGACCGGCAGUUCAACCCUUUGAUCGCCGAUUCAGGGCUUCCCAAACUUCUAGCAGAUGACAUCAUUUUCUUGACUCUGAAAACUAGUGCAGCAAUGGGGUAUCUGGCUCCAGAGUACAUAACAACUGGAAGCUUCACGGAGAAGAGCGACGUCUACGCAUUUGGAGCCAUCGUCCUCCAAAUCCUCUGUGGAAGAAGCAUGCUCCCUACCUCCAUGAGGGUGGCCGCUGCUUCAUGUCAAUACGAAGAUUUCAUCGACAAAAGCAUACAAGGGAAAUUCUCGGAGCAUGAGGCUGGGAAGCUGGCACGCAUUGCUCUUCGUUGCACUCACGAGCUGCCAGAGGAACGGCCAGACAUGGAAGCAGUGAUUGAAGAGCUGAACAGAGUCCACGAACUUGCUUCUUCUUGAUUUGCAUCAUCAUAUUUGUUUGCUGUACCCUUCAAUGUUCUUGGUGAGAAGAGAAAAAGAUGAAAAACAGAGUUUAGCUGAUGGAUGAAAGAUAGUUUCAAUGUUUAGAUUGGUCAUCCAUCCACGUUAUUAUGUAAAGAGUUGUUUGGAUUGUGCAUUUGUGAAGGUGGAUUGCGCACACAAUUCCGUUUUUCGUACAAAUACAUCGCUUGGCCAUACAAAAGAUAGGGUUUGCUGUUGUAACAAAAAGUAAAAACAUGAUAUGAUAUAAACUUCUAUAAAGCUUCUAGAUUCUUGGUGAAAGAAAACAACGAGAAUAGAGUUUAAGUACAACAAUUCUUGGCUAAGCUAUGCGCCAACUUUAUUUCCAUGUAAACAAAGGAAUGCAAAACAAGUUUCCGGACCUGCCAGUAAAGUGGCAGAGCAGUAUAAAGAUUCCUAGAGAGUUCAUAAAACAGGAGAGGCAGAGGAGUUUACUACUCUACAUCUUAUAUGUUACCAUUCUAAGCUACUGCACUCUGUUGAUAAUGCUCUGGAACCCAUUCAUGAGGCCACCAUUUCGGUCUAAAAGCUUCGACCUUCACAUCGUUUUGACCCUCUACGGCCAAAGAACCUGAUCCUUUGAAUGCAUCAUCCAAUCUUAAUAGACCGAGCCCUCGGCUGCCAAUUGCUGUCGUCACGGAUCCUAUCUUUUUGCCUGACCCGGCGUCCAUCACUUGAGAACCAGCAGAAACUCGCUGUUCCACCUCUGGGGAGAAGAAAAAAACAUAGGGAAGUAGUAAUACAUUAGCAGAAAAUAGCCAUCCAAUUGUCACUAGAGAAGCAAACCACUGAUUAAACACGAGUCUAAACCUUUUCCAUCGUCAUUAACGAACUUCAAAGGAACCAAGCGUUUACGAAUCACCCCUCUGUGGUGUGUCCUGGCCACAAGUUCCUGACCCACAUAGCAACCUUUAUCAAAGCUUAUUGCAUUUAAUCCCACGAGGUUGAACUCAAGCGGAAUCGCCUCGCCUUUGGGUAUCUCGGAUGAGCCUUCUGCGAUUCCAUUCUCGAUUCUCCAUAGUAAGUAGUUUUCCUCAUUUGUUUCCUUAUCAGCUUCAACCAAUGGUGCUGCAGUAGAAUCAGCAGUUCUGUCAACUAAGCAUCAGGCUGCUCGAUAUCGAUUAACAUAUGUCCUGAUAAUACGAAAUACUCACGGACUGUAUUAGUUGGGAAGAUCCCUCUCAAACCAAGGCAAUCCAGUCUAGGAUCCUUGAACCACUGCCAUCCACCAUCACUUCCAUGUGAAGCUGAAAUACCAGCAAGAUCAACACCAGAUCCCCAUCCAAGACUUGCUGUCCCUGGAUCUUCUACUACACUAGAUUUCUCGCCGACAUCACCCCCGAAUCGCUGCCAGCACUGAAAGUCUUCCCCUACAUUCUCAAUCUCAACCUUAGACCUUAGCCGGUACCUUUUCAAUGUUUGCAAGAGCUCAUCAAGAUCGGAAGCAUCUACAUCGGCGAACAAUUCGGUCGACUCAGUGGAUCCCGACCCGGGACCCGAACCCGUCGGGUCAAGCUUCUCAGCCUCCUUUGCGUGCCUGUAGAGAAAGAAAUCGUACAGAAACCGGCCCUGGGGAGUCAGCAGCGCGGCGUACAUCGGCGGCUCGGAGACGGAGGGCAUGUUCGGAGUGGGGACGGUCGAAGUCCGCUCGUGCGGCGGCUCACCGAAUUUCCGGACAUCGUUGGUGAGCAGACCUUGAAGGAAUUUGAUGGUGUCGGGGCCGGAGAAGCGGAUUACAGAUCGAGAUUUAAGGAGGGAGGCGAGGGGCCCGGCGGAUUUCACGGCGCUGGAGUGGGAGCGGUGGCCGACGGCGGCGACGAAGGGUUUGAAAGAGCUGAACCGGCGCAUUUUCUGACGACGUUUUGAAGGUUGAACUGUGGGGAGGAAGGGACGGUGGGGUUUCUGGAGGAAG